AUGCUUCAGCUGAUGGCCUUCAUCGAGAACUCUCUAGCCGUGGUCUGGCGACGGCUGUACCUGCAGACUGUCAGGCGCCGCGCCAUCUUGUUGGCGGUCGAGCUGGGCUUCGUCAUCGUCAUCUUCGCGGUCAUACUCAAGUACGACCACGUUGACCCCAGCACGGUGAAGAAACUGGACAAGCGCCAGGCUGUGCCCUUGGCUCCCGACGACCCUUAUUUCGGUGAGGACGGCAGCGCGAUUACAGCACGCGAAUGGCAAUUCGUGUAUGGACCCGACACCAACUACACCCGAAAAAUUGUCGACGGUGUUGUCAAAGGGUAUUCACGCCGAAGCAACGCGGACAACAGUAAGGAGUUUCCCGAAAAGUCUGCCGGCAAAGAGGCCGUUCGCUCGUGGCGGCGCACCGCCGGGGGUGCAUCUAAAUCGGCUCCCGCCUCCGAGGCCGUCAGCGAUGUGCACGAUGUUCCCGAGUCGUGCCUGCAAGCCAUGGUCAACAGACACUGGACUGGCUCGGGCGGCUACAGCCCCGCUAGAGCACCGGACUACGAUAUCGCGUGCGUGCAGUUCUGGAACUCGGAGCAAGAGGGGAUGAAUGGGAGCCUGUCCUACAGUCUCGUCUAUUACAUGCCACCCGAGGAGCUACCGCCAGAAGCAUCGCCGCUGGAUGUGGCUUCUUACUUGGCCAGUUACACAGCACAGGGCCCAGUGGUCAACGACACCCGGCGACAAUUCUUAGACCUAGUUUUGGCUACACAGACCACGAUUGACGAGGUGCACAUGACCUUACACGGCGAGACGAGAAGGGAUGCCUACGAGCCAGCUGUAGCGGUCACCUACCGUUCAAUGCCCAUGAAGCCGCCUUUUCUGGAUGUACCGCGCUAUCGGAACGGGUUCUUUUUCGCGCUGUCUCUAGCAUUCUGCCUGCCACUGGUGUGGAGGAUCAGCGAGAUGACCAACGAGAUGGAGUUGGGUCUCAAGGAGCACCAGAUGCUCAUGGGCCUGACGUCGACACAAUUUUGGACUGGCCACUUUCUGUCGGCAUUCGUGGUGGCCGUCCUGGAAGGCAUCUGCACACUACUCGUCAUCUACUUCAGCGUCGAAGACUUCCCUCCACCGGCUGGUUUGAACCCGAAGCAGCCGAGAUACGCCUGGCUCGCCUUCCGGGCCGGGAACACCGACGACGACUCGCAAGACGCCACGGACAAGCCGGCUCGAUACAAGGCUGUCAGCCUGGAUUUCUUGGACGUGCCUUACGUCCAGCACGUGGACGUGACGCUGCUUCUGGUCAACUUCCUGAUUUUCCACGUGUCCCACACCACACUGGCAGUGCUCGUCGCGUGCGUGGUUCCCGUCGGCCGAUGGGCGAUGCUGUUGGGAUUUGGAGUGUACUUCAUCUUGCCCAUCUGCGAUGCCGACAACUUCAGCUUUCUAUCGGAAGUGCCGAUGAGUGACUACCUUGUGGAAGACCGGCUUAGCAAGCUGCGAAAAUGCGUCUACCCAAACUAUGCGAUGUCUACCGUGAUGAAGAUAAUUUGCAUCUUUGCCGACUUCGAAUUGGAUGCUGGCUGGAACGUGGUGGACAAGUUCGCGCAGGGCUGCGACAGCGUUACCAUACUGGAGGUGUGGGCAGUGAUGGGGCUCGUGAUCCUGGGGGCUGUUGUACUAAUUUGGUACCUGUCACACGUGCUACCUUGGACCAAUGCCUCGCCCGACAGACUGUACUUCCCACUGCUGCCAAGCUACUGGUGCCCCCGUCCAUACGUCAUUAACUUGGCGACAAAAGGGGAACCGCUUAACGCUGAUCGCUUCGAAGCACUGCCCCAAACACCAGCUGUGGUGGAGUGCAAGAAUUUGGUCAAGAAUUUCGGCAGCUUGACUGCCCUGGACGGAGUCAAUCUGUCGGUACACAAGAACCUCGUGACUGUCUUGCUGGGGCACAAUGGAGCCGGAAAGACUACGCUCAUGAACAUAUUAACAGGACUGGUACAGCCGAGCGGUGGUACAGCAACAGUGGCUGGCUGGGACAUCAACACAUCGGCUGCACGACGAGAAGUUGGCUUUUGUCCCCAAAAAGAUAUCUUUUUCGACGACUUGACUGUCGAAGAGCACUUGCAGUACUUCGCGGUUCUCAGAGGUGUGGAUGAUCCUGGCAAACGGGUGGAGACACUACUCGAAACUCUGCGGCUGACAGACAAGGCCUCGCAAUAUCCUUCGGAACUGUCCGGAGGCCAAAGACGGAAGUUGAGCGUUGCUGUGGCAAUUGUGUCGUCACCACAGUUGCUCAUUCUCGACGAGCCCACAUCAGCCAUGGAUCCUGAGACGAGGCGAUCCUUCUGGAAGCUAAUCGGGCGCUUCCGGGGACAUAAGACUGUGCUCAUCUCGACGCACGACAUGGAGGAGGCGGAUGCACUUGGCGACAGGAUCGUCAUCAUGCACAGCGGAAAGGUCAUCUGCAGCGGUUCGACCAACUUUCUCAAGAUUGCCUGUGGAGUCGGUUACAAGCUUAACGUUGGCAAGGCUCCACAAGGAUUCCAUAUUGACAGCAUCAUGCAGCUUGUGCGUCAGACGGCGCCUCUCGCAAUAGUGGAGGACGAACGAAUCAAUGACGUCACCAUCGCCCUGCAUACGUUCAGCUGCGUCGGAUUCGAGAACAUGUUCCGGCAUUUGGAGCACGCCGCCAAGAGGCUGGGAAUCACGGGCGUCGGUGUGACCGUCUCCACCAUGACGGACGCCUAUCUGAAAAUAAGCAAUGACUACGCAGCGGAACAGAAGCGCCUGCAAAAAGAGCAACAAGAGAUCGGGAAGAGAACACCGUCUCUGCCAGCUCUUGUGCAAGGUUACGCGAACGUCCCUGCCACAAGCAUGAAGCCGAAUCCUUCUGCUGCUGUUGCCAACCCUGGUGUGCCACCUGCACCAACGAGUCCACGUGUACAGGCGGUUCCCCCUGUAGUAGCGGUUCAACCUUCCGUACGAGCGGUGGCACCUGUACGAGCAGCAGGUACUGCCGGCCUCGGAACUGGGACCAACUUGCCUGCUCCCAGACCUGCUGCUGGAAUUGCUGCCAAGCCACUCGUGCAACCACCGCUGAGACCGGACGCCAACCAGGGUGCUGCAUCUAAGAAGCCGGAUGACGAGCCUCCGAUAUCGAUUGCCGGAUCACCACCUAAAGCCGCAAAGAAGGUCAAGCCGAAGUUUACCUUGACGCCGGAUGACGUUCAAAAAUUUUACGCCCUGUUUUCCAAGCGCUGUUGCUACUUGAGCCGCACUCGUUUCCUUUUCCUCACCGGCUGGCUACUUCCGAUUGUGAUAGCCUACGUGGCCACCGCCACACUGACGGCACAACGGGCGGCAGAGAAAGAGCAGCCCCCACGCAACGUCGUCCUCAGUGCCACCACGCAGUUCGGAGAUGAUGUGCGCACCUUUCUGAGCGAGGGGAGCGAGGCAAAUGCUUCCAGCGACUACCGGCUGCUCAUGUACCACCAGGCCGUGGCUAUCGAUUCUCUCGAGGACCCGCAGGAAGAGCUGCUCGCUGCCCUGGAAGAUAACUACCUCGAGUAUGGAGCAGGCUAUCCCUUUGGAGCCGUUAUCAACUCUUCGACCUUAAUUGAAGCCUGGUACAACCCCACAAGUAUGAUGAGCCUGCCUGUGCUUAACAACCUGAUGCACAUCAUUCGGCUGAGGACCGCAUCCGGCCGGCACGACCAGAGCAUCACGACCAAGCUCUCGCUUUACCCGUUGCCCGAGGACGUCCUGAGAACUACGUCGACUCGCAAGCGUGACGAAGAGACCUUGGGGCAGCUGCAGCUCGCCGUGGAGCAGGCGUGGAUCUAUUGGGGCUGCUUGGCCACAGUCAGCAUGGGCCUGAUCGUAUCCUCAUUCGUGGUGUUCCCCGCAGCCGAGAACCACGGCGGAGCUCGCGGUCUGCAACUCAUGACAGGCGUUUCUGGCUGUACUUUUAUGUCGGCGCACUUCCUGUUCGACCUCGCCUUCUACCUCGUCCCGAUGGCUGUCAUCUACGGAGUGUUCGCGGUAUCGCAACGCCUACGCUUUGAGACCAUAGGGCCUGCGGUCUUUUUGUUCUACAUGACCAGUUUGCCCGCGCUUAACAGCCAGGUGUUGCGCGUGCCUCUGCUCUUCCUUCCACCCUUCUUGCUCGGCGCCACCACUAUCCAGGCUGUAAGCCUCGACUACGAAGCGAGCAUGUGCGAGCUCUUACGCCUGCAACCGAAGCUGGACGACUUAAUCAUCGGCGUGUGCGACGACAUGCGCCUGCUCGGAUCGGGCAUCGUUCACUGCUGUAAAAUGUUGGCGGCUCGCCAGGAAGGCAAUGAGGAACUGUGGUCCACGAUUGGCCCCUUCUCCUGGUCCUGGUACAGCAUCGUGGGCGAACUACUGCUUAUGCUGAUACUGGGCGCAGUGCUGUUCUACAUUGCUGUGCGUGGCGUCUCGGGAGAUUUUGGCUACGAGAACAAGUUGCACGAUCUGCACACGCCAGCGCUGGACGACGACGUGGACGCGGAGAAGAAACUGGUGAACACAGUUUGCCGACAGAAGCGCUUCGGAGAGUACGCGCUGGUGGCGCGCAAUCUGCACAAGUUUUUCGACAAGUUCUACGCGGUGCGCGGCAUCUACCUGGCCCUGAAUCCCGGUGAAUGUUUCGGCCUCGUGGGUGUCAACGGCGCUGGCAAGACGACCACCUUCCAGAUGCUCGCCGCCCUGACUGAGAUGACCGACGGCAACGCGUACAUGAAGAAACUGGUUCUAUCCAAGGCACCUCGGGAGUGGCAAGCCCGCAUCGGCUACUGCCCUCAAAGCGACGCGCUUCUCGGCAAACUGAAUGCGUUUGAGACGCUCUUCAUGUUCGGCCGGCUACGCGGUAUACCGGAAAGAUCACUGGGAUCGAUUGUUUCCCAACUGAUCACCAUGGUCGACCUGUCGGAGCAUGCGUCCAAGCCGUGCGAGUACUACAGCGGAGGCAACAAACGCAAGCUGUCAAUCGCUGUGGCCGUGGUCGGCUACCCUCCCAUCGUGCUCUUGGACGAGCCUUUCGCGGGCGUCGAUGUCGUCUCGCGCAACCACAUUCGUCAGGCCCUGGUCAAGUUGAAGAACUGCACCAAGAUAGCCUUCAUCCUAACAUCACAUAACAUGGAGGAGUGCGAGGUGUCGUGCGACCGCAUCGGCAUCAUGGUGAAGGGUCAGAUGACCUGUCUAGGCCCGCUGCACCACCUGAGGCAGAAGUUCGGCGGUGGUCUGACUCUGAAGUUCAGGUUGUCCGAUGACUCGCCGGUCGACAGCGAGCAACUGGACAAGGCUGUCCUUGCAGCAUUUCCGGGAGCGAAACGCUUGGACACUCAAGACCGCCUGCAGAAGUUGGCCGAGUACCGUCUGCAGCAGCGUCUGGCCUGGAGCGUGCUCUUCCAGAAGGUCACUGCACUGCGAAGUGCGUUUUCCUUCGAACACGUUAUCGCCGCCGACGCCAACCUGGAGCAGCUCUUGGUUACCUUUGCGCGCAAAGCGCGAGCCGAAGCCCUGCUCGAGCCGAAGGACGAGGACUGA